UCUAGUUGAGGUUGAGGUUAGUUUAGUUGUUGGUUGAAAUCGUAAACAUGUAGGCUAUGUGUCUAGUGCGCCUUGGAAUUGAUAUAACUAAGUUCAUUUAUCUUGUGGCUGUUUUAUAGCUUAGACACUUAUUUCACGAUUGUAUCUUUCUACUUGGGAUUAGAAAUGAAGUAUUAAAACUAAGUUAUGUUUCUCGGUAGUGCUGGGGUCGAAAAUGGAAGGGUUAUCUACCUGUGCUGUGUAUGUGGACCACCUAUGUAGGCCUAUGCUGGGCUUGAGUUGCUUAGUCAACAAAUAGCCCAAAGGCUUCUUUUAAUUAAUUUUAUACAUUCUGAUCAAAAUUAAUUUUUUCACCAUUUAAUCUCCUUCAAAACUGUAAUAAUUCAACUACCUACCUUAAAAUGUCAGGCCCCUUACUAAGAUCAGGAGAGUGUAGAAAAUUUGCUCCGAAUAUCUUCAACAAAACAAAGUGUACAAACUGUUUUCGCCAGAAAGAGGAACAUAGUGCGGAGGCUCUGGAAAGCAAUAGGGCCACGCGGAAAAUAGCAAAGUGUGGAUACCUUUUUGUGGCUCCAGGAUGGGACUUUACGAACCCCCUCAAUCGAACGAAAAGAUGGCAGCGACGGUGGUUUGUGCUGUACGACGACGGAGAACUGAGCUACGCUCUCGACGAACACCCGGAGACUGUGCCUCAGGCCAGCAUAGACAUGAACAAGGUGCUGGAAGUAGCAGACGCAGAAGAUGUGACUGGCAACGCCUACAGUCUGGCCAUCACGGCACCUGACAACGUACACUUUGUCAAGGGCACCUGCAGGGAGGAGGCACGCUGGUGGAAUGAGGUGCUCUCAGUCUUCCCCAGGUCCAAGGGAAGACCAAAGAGAAACGCAACAUUUCCUGGAAGCCAGACGUCAAGUUCAACUCCGGCAAUCCUACAAACGCCUCCAGUCAGAGAUGUGUCCAGCUCAGUGUCAAGCGACUAUGGUGGAAGGCGAGUGCAAGGAUCUUUAUGGGAAGAAGAGGAUGUGUUUCCCACUAGAGAUCUACCUCCGACCCCUUCAACCCCCAUAGAAACCCCCGUACAACCGUCUGUGGACACUAGAAAAGUGUACAUGGGGUCUCCCCCGACUCGGGACAAAGUUGUACGACCCGAGGAGAAGGGGAGGACCCGUCGGGUGCAGAACAGGGAGAAACGGGGUCUCAAGAGUGGUCGGAGCUACUCGGAAGAUCUCACCAAGAUGUUGCCGACGUGGCGAGACAAGAAACCUCCCCCACCCUCAGAACACCCUGAGGUAUCCCGUCGUCUGCUGCUGGAAGAGUUUGAGAGCGAGUGCAAGCUGAAGGACAUUGCGGACUCUCUGACUCGGCCGAGACAUCGACGACUGACAUCCCCGGCUGUCACUCCCCCUCCCCCCUCCAGCCAUGAGCCUACCAGGGACAGUGAUACCACCACGCCAAAGCAGGUGAGAGGAGAUCCGGAUGGCUGUGGAUUGGACUUGACGUCACUGAGAUACUCUCCCAGUUCAGAGCUCAGGGUCGAGUUACCAGCAGAAGAUUUGCUCAAUAUCAAGAAAGGGUGGCUGAUGAAGCAAGGGAAUGAUAAGGAGUGGAACAAGCACUGGUUCGUGCUUCGAGGCGCUGCGCUUUUGUACUACAGAGACCCAUCGGCCGAGGAUCAAGGUAUCCUGGACGGAGUCAUCGACCUGAGUGGGGUCAGCGCAGUCACCGACGUACAGGUGGCUCGCAACUACGGCUUCCAGACGACGACAUGGGACGAGCGCAGCUACGUACUGUCCGCUGUCACAGCUGGUAUACGAGCCAAUUGGAUGCAAGCGAUACGACGAGCUGCGGGACUCGACUCCAAGAUAGAACCCACACCCUUACAGCUGGAGAGGGACAGAGAGAUGGUUGCUCCACCGACACCACUCACUGGCAGAUCCAUCAUAUUCUCCUCGGACGACGAGUAUCGGACGGCAUCAGAGGGACGGAGAGAGAGCGGGGAGUGGGGCGAUACUCUACCUCCAUCCCCCCCUCUCAACCGCACACCGAUAUCCAAAGUCAAGGAGAGGGCGAGGGGUGGCCUGAGGUCGAGGACGUACAGCAGCAAGAGGUCAAGGUCAUCACCCCCGAGCUCACGAAGGUCAACUCUGGACUCGGUGCCUCAGGAGGACUUUGUCCUGGCGUGUUGUGGUCAGAUGCAGGAGUCAGAAGCUGAUGUCACCGACAGUGUCAGUGUCAAUGUUGGUGCUGGAGAAGGCAAGUUGUUGCUAGACAAGGUACAAAGCCAAAGUUGUGAGCUGCAGGAGGUCAAGCGACAGUUGACUGCUGUGCUGAGGCAGCUGAGCAGUGCUGAGGAGGAACUAUUGAGGCUGCGUCAGCGCAAAGUGGACGUCUCCGCUCUUGAGAAACAGGUUGAAGAUUUGAUCCAAAGGGUGGAGGACGCCAACAAACAAAGAGCGAGAGACGCUGCAGAACUCGACAGUCUUAAGAAACGCUAUGUGGAUGACAAGGCCCACUGGGACAGGGACCUGACUGACGCCCAAUGUGAGCUACAGUUGGCCAAUCAGAGGUACUCCCAGCUGUGUGUGGAACUAGCGGACAGUGCUAAGCUGGUACAGAGGUUGAGGGAAGAGUUGUCGUCGACUGACGACCUUACUCGUCAACUGAGAGACGAGCUAGGGUCGGUAACCAACCGUCUGGCGGCCGGGAUAGAAGAGAACGACCAACUGUACCGGCGACUGCGCGAGCUUGACGGACGACCGGGAGGUCCAACUCACUCGACGUCUCGGUCACGCAGCGUAGACAGCCUCAGCGACCUCACAAACAUACAGCUGGACGGAGACUUAUGUGACCUCGACAAGGAGAGGGUGAUUGAGGAAUAUUCAGACCUUCGUGCCAGGUUUGAGAAAGCAGUCUCGGAAAUCCGACUGAUGAAGAGAGAGUUGCGAGAGUCGCAAGCGCAGAGCGAUGUUUUGGAGUUGUCUUUGAUCAACGCAAGACAAGACCUCAAAGCUAGACAGACCCAGGCUGACGCUCAAACCAACCUCAUGGCUGCUAGGAUAGAAGAUCUGGUGAUGAAACUGUGCUCCGCUGAGAAGCAGAUUCGUACCCUGAAGCAAAAAUUGUCAAAGUCUGAGACUCGUGAAAAGAGAAGGUCUCUGUCAUUGAAGGGAAGAGAAUCUUUCACCAUUUGUAAAGAAUUGGAAGACAAAUUAGCAGAACUGGAAAUCAAGGUUUCAGCAUUGACUUUAGAGGGAACAUCAUCUUCCAAGAGUCCUUCUCCAGUGAAAUCUCUUCCACCUCCUUCCCCCAGUCAUGACAACAGCAGAGCCGCAGCUAGACUAAGGAGGAAGUCACUGGACAGUGCCACGUGUUCUGAACCCAUGAAAGUCCUCAUCAGGCUAUCAAACUUGGAGUCCAAAGUAGCAAAAGCUGCCAGAGAAAUUGUGAUUUGUCCUUCAUCUCCGUCCCCUCUCCCCAGCAGUGAAUCGAUCACGUCGUUAGACGAAACAGAACAAAAGUCACAACUACCUCAUGAAGCAAUGAACGGAACAGAACCGUGUGAUGAAGUCGAUGGAAAAGAACAACACGUUCAAUUGCAUAUUUCAAGCGAAAUCAAGAAAAUGGAGACUCUUUUGAGGAAUAAAUUGAAAGGUCUAUCGAAGAAACGGGAUUCGUUAAUCGUGUCUGGGCAAUGGACCAAUGAAGCGAAAGUUAGUCUUUUGGCAGAGAAACUUGCUUUUGAAUCGGUUCUUGUCGGAAGACUGCAUGACGCUGUGGCGGGAUCGGUAAAAGGAGACAUUGCGAAUGUGGAGAGGUUCAUGAUGGAGCUGGACGUGAAGCUGUCAGGGGGAAAACCUAACAUUGAGACUUCGUUGGAUUAUCUCUCCAAGGCCUUGACGCGACACCUGUUGAAUCAAAAAAUAGAAAACACAAAACCUAGAAAACAGAAGGAGAAGAAAAAAGCAAGUGAGAGUUUAGCAGUUAUAGAAAUCAAUAAGAAAAAGAAAAAUCUUGAUCAAAAAGUGAGUGUGUUUGUUGAUCAAGUUGUCGAUCAAUUAGCAGCAGCUUUUGCUGUUGAAAAUCUUGGCGACCAGUCUUGUGAAGGGGAGAGCAAGAUAAAAGCGGCUUGGUCUUUGGCUCAGGAAGCAGUUAACGAAGAGCUUAUCCAAACGGAGAUCACUCAAGUCAUGAACCAGUGCUCAAGAACGUACCAAAACAUAGUGGAAGAAGAGAAAGAAAGUAGGUUUUUACCAUUAGUUCAAGAUAGAACGACCUUGGAACAGUGGUCGCAAACUACCAAAGAGCAUUUGCAAAGAGAGUUGGAAGUCGCUGUCAGUAGGUUAUUCGAUAAAUACAGGGAAAAUGUAUAUAGGUUAAAAUCACAGAACACAUCACCAGUUAAAACAGCUCAAGAAGACGAAGAGAAAUCGAGGUCGCUCUUGCAAAGGUUUAUCGAUAUUAUUGCUCACAAAGCUUUAUUAGAUUCUAGGGUUUCUUUGCUGCAAGAAAUGGAUGUAGAUCCGUUGGAGAUUGUUGCUCCCUCGGAUGUCGCGUUUGAUGAAAACACUGUCUUAGCUGAGGUACAAAAUUUGUAUUUGAAAUACGUAGAAGAACUCAAAGUCGAACAAAAUAACGAAAGUACGAACGAGGAAAAGUUAAAGGAACAUGUGCAAUUGUUGGCGAGAGAGAUGGCGUUGCUGAGAGAUUGUUUGGUGGAAGCUGAACUGAAGAGGAGAGGAACAACAGAGAAGUUGCAGUUGGACACCCUGGAGCCUCUUACUGCCACGAGUACCAACCUGUGUGAUCAGUGCUGCCAACUGAGAGAUCAGGUCUACCAACUACGACAACUGGUACUCAGCGGACAGGAGUGUCAGAGAUGUGAAUAUUUGCAGCAGCAAAUUAAAAGGCGAGAAAUCCAGUUUGAAGAGGACAUCCGAGAACUAAGAAUGCAUCAAGAAGAAGAAAUAGCUCAACUAAAGGCAGAGUUGGAGCAAGAAAGAAUUAAUUUGAUGCAACGACACGAGGCAGAGCAGGCCAUGCUGAAGGAGCGAGCCCGUAAGCUGGAGCGCAGACUCGGCACUCUGGAUAGUGAGUAUUCCCAACAGAUGGAGAACUUGAGAGCUGCCUACCACAAGACUCUGAGCUCCACACUUGACCGGGACCUGCAGGGGGAGGAGAACAUCCGCCAGAGGUACCAGGCGGAGAUCGAACACCUCAGGGCGCUGUGUGAGAAGGGGCUGAUAGGGAUGGAGAACUCUCAUCGCAGGAUGAUUGCUGAGCUGGAGGAGAAACAUCGGCAGGAGGCAGAGCAGCUGAGGAGAGAGAAGGAGAUUGCUCUGGCGGAGGAGACUCAGGCUACACUGGCCGCACUGGACGCCAUGCGCAAGGCUCACGAGGCAGAGGUUCAAAGAGAAGUGGCCAAGUUCAAACAAGAGUUUCUCAACAACAUGAGAGCUAGUCAGGACAUCGGCGCACUUCACAGAGAGCACGAGCAAGAGAUGGAAGAGAUAAAGCAGGAGAUUCUGUCGCUGUCAGAAAAAUACUCUGUGAAGUGUGUGGAGUCUUCACGGCUGGAGGAACAGCUGAGAGCUGCUAAUGAACAACUUGCUCAGGCUCAGCAACACAUCAUGCAGCUGGACUCUAGAAACAAACAGUUGCGAGCUCACCUAGUAUCAGAGGCCAGUGACUGUUCUGCAGAGUUUAUGAAGUUUGAAGACAAAGAAAAGUCCCUCACACCUUGUUGGCGUGGUGGCCGGCCUGACACCAUAGCAGCAGCGUUGGCACUACUGCACCGACGGCAAUGCCAACCUCACCCAGAUCAGCAGUGCUCGUCAGAGUCCUCUGUGAACGAGCCGACCAAUCAGGAUCCCUCGCCUCUUCUUCGUGCAGAGACUAAGCGGAAUCCGAUGACUUGCGGACAGAACUUUCCGUCUCCCCCCCUGUGCUCAAUCAAGGGAAUGGUGGCUGAACGGAAAAAACUGUUUGAACAAACCAGAAUCAUGCAAAAAAAUAAUUCUUGUUAAACUAUCUAUUGUCAAAAUUGACUUUGCAAAAAUAUUGUUUGGAUUGCAAUUUACAGAUUUGAAUCAAUUUGAGAACUGCUUUAAGAGUUAAAUUUUUAUGUUCGUCAAGAAUCUCACUGAAUAUAUGUUUAAGACUCUUGUAAAGUGAUUAGUUAAUUUGUGCAAGGUCAAGAUGUGGAAUGACGUAAAACACAAAUAUAUUCAACAGAACGUGAAACUUAAUCAAAUAAAUUGUACAAAAAAGACUCAUAAACUUGGCAUAAUAUUUGUAAACGUAUGAAUACCAAUUGCAAUCAAGCAAUGUUCUACGUGAAGAGUUUUCCGCAACUUAAGCUCAUGAGUCUUCUAUACAUAACACUAAGAAACUUGUUGUUUAAAAAUUCUCACGUAUACUAUUGUUAAAAGCAAUGUUGUUGGGUAAGGAUUCUAUCACAGUUUAUAUGAAAGUUUAUGCAAUGGGAAAGAGGAAUGUAUUUGGAUUGCACAACACCAAUAUUUAAAUGUUACUAUAAUAUCAAUAGUAGUCUAUAAAUAAAAAUGAUACUUCAGCCUUACUAUGUAAACUGUCAUAGUAUUCUUGAAGAGUUUUAGAACUUUGUUUUCAGUGCAUUUAAGCCUUAAUGAAAAACUUAUUUAUUGUAUUACUACCAAUAUUUGUUUAUCAGGAUGUCCAAUGGCCACUGAAAUCACUGAAAAGUUUGUUAUUGUAUUGUAUUGUAUUGUUAUUUUAUUUCAAAGGCAUACAAGUCAUUAGGGAUUGAAUAAUCAAAUAUUUUAAAGCACAGUUUACAACAACUGUCGUCAUUAAAAUUGUUACUUACUUAAUCUACUCAUUGUGUUCAAAGUCAAAGUAAUUUUCCUCUUAUUACAAUACAAUUAUGUUGUUUCUUAAGAAUUUUGACAAAAAAAAUCUUUGAGAAGGCAAAAUUUUUUAUAAAUAUCCUGCUCAUGUAAUUUUAUUUAGAAAGUUCAGUAUUUGUUGGUGUACUAUUCUACUUAAUUUACUACUUAAUUUCAUUGACUUUAGUCUGUGAAUGUUACUACUUAUCCAUAACUUUUGUGUACCUAUACUAUAAAAAUGUUUCAUUAGAAAAAAGUCAACCAAAUUAUAUUCUACUUAUACUACUAAGUUAAACCAAGUAGACAAUAAUGUAUACUUAAGUUUAUCACUUAUUUCUUCAGUAUUGUUUGUGUUAAAUCAUAAUUUCACACUGUUAUUUGUGGUAUUUUAAAAAUAUGUGUGCUCUAUCUACUUAUUCUAUCUAUGCAGUAUUUGUUUGAAAAACGAAUUAUUGUAAUUGUAAAUGUGUUGUAAAUGUAUGUGAUAUGUGUCCCUGUUUUUGCUUAUCUGAUUACUUAGGUGUCCGGGUGUUCAGUUCGGUCCUUCGGCCGUUUUGCUCAAUAAACACUGAACACAGGACUAGAGCCUUUACAAUCAGGCUGCUUUACAGUGUAAAUCCUGUACAUACGAGUAUAUACUUGUAAUAAAUAACCCACUAAUGUCGUUGUAAUUAACAUUUGUAUAAUUAUUGUUAUUGUGUUUCAAAUAUUAAAACCAAUUAUGU